AUGGCGCCGAAGCCGCCGAAGAAACUCCGGCUUCGGGUCGGUCAAAGCGAGUCGCGCAUGGUCGCCUGGCAGUCGAAGCGCCUGAAAGCCCUCCGCCGGAGCCAGGCGAAGCUGAAAAACCUUGUUGCGGCUUGUGAGUCUGGCUUCCGCGAAGAGCUGGUGGAACUGAAGCGUCGCCGUCGCUUUGUGACGGAGCUUAACGCUGCGACGUCGGAGAUGGAAGAGCUUAAGGGCAUCGUAGGCAAGAUCCGGGCUUUGUCACCCUUGGCUGGAUCUCGUGCUGCGCAUGGAGUGCAGCCCGUGGUUGAUCUCGACCAUCUGCAGGCUCUCAUUCUCCGCUUGGGGGGGUCGAGAGUCCGCCCCGACCAAGACGAGCUACGCUGGGCCUGGUACCAGAGACGGGCCAAGAGCUUGAGUAGCUCUUAG